CGCUCCCCUGGUCGCACUCGACUGAGCACCUCGGAGCUUGAAGAGGGCAUCGUCCAAGAAAACCAUCCUCCGCAAUUCAACAGAACCCGAAGGGCCACACAUUAGGAAGUGGUAGUGGCGCUGAUGCCCCCGAUCCAAAAUGCCGAGGAAAGCCCAAACCUGGGACGAUUAUGACUCGGCUGUCAACGAGAUAAUCCUCGCACCGUCCGACCCCGAGUUUCUCGACCAAUUGAUUCCCGUCCUCAAAGAUGCAACCGCAAGCAGCCGCAUCGGGUCCCUCGUGCAGAGCCUCUCCCAUUACGCCGAGGAGCGCGAGGGAGACAUCGAGCGAAUCGGCCUAACAAAGCACGAGGAAUUCCUGGGCUCCGUCAACCAGCUGCAGAAAGUGCGCGAAGGAACUGUGGCCUUGACGGCCGAGAUCCUGGACCUCAACCAAUCGAUCCAAGCCAGCACCGAGAAGCUCGCGGAGCAGAAGCAGGGGUUGGUGGACACGCGCGGGGUGCGCCAGAACAUCACCGAAGUCUCGGACGCUCUCGAGGAGUCGCUCAAGAUUCUGCAUGCUGUCAACAAUGCCCACGACCUCAUCCGGAAAAAGAAAUACUAUGCCGCCCUUAAGUCCCUGGAGGACCUCCAAAACGAGUACUUGGUACCCAUCAUCCAGAACAAGUUCGCGACUCAAUACAAGCUUGCCGACAUGAUCCAGAAGUCGAUCCCCGCUUCCCAGAAGGCAAUAUCGGAGGCGGUCAUGUCAGAUCUGAACACCUGGUUGUUUAUCGUCCGAGAAUCGUCGCAGUUCUUGGGUGAGGUUGCCUUCUUCCAUACAGAGGAGCGAAGGGUCAGGCAAAAGGAGCGGAUGGAGGGGAACGAGUUGUUGAGCCGCUUCAAGCUGAACUCGGCUAUCGAGCUGGUUUUCGAUGAGAACGACGAGUUCGAUGUUCUUUUCAACGAGGAGCUCCAGGUCGACUUUACGCCCUUGCACGAAGCGUUGCAUAUCCACGAAGCGCUUGGGCAGGUUGACAGGUUUCGUGCCGAGUAUGCAGCCACUAGAAGGCAGCAGAAAGACCUGCUUAUGCCCAGCUCCGAGAAUUUGUUUGCCAAUGGUGACAACUUGUCUCUCAAAGCCCUCCUGGAAAGUGUUGCCGGGUUUGCCAUCAUUGAAAAGGCCACCAUGCAGCGCGCCCCGUUAGUUCGCUCGACGCUUGAUGUUGACGAGCUUUGGGAUUCGAUGUGCCAGGCCGCUAUCCGAAUCACCUCGAGGUCGUUGGAAAGCGUAGACAAUGGGGAACUGCUAGUGCAGAUCAAGGAGGAUAUUGCCCUGUUUAUCCAAACCAUGGAGGGCUGGGGAUAUUCCGCCUCCCUAGUGAACAAUUUCCAGCUUGUACUAUUUCACAAGUAUGCGGAGUUGCUGCAGCGUCGGUUCGGGGCAGUGUUCGAAGAGGCUGUUUCGACGGACGAUUACAUGCCUAUGAACAUCAAAACACCUGCCGACUACGAGCAGGUUUACUCUGCCAUCCUCUUUGACGAGGAGAUGCCUCCAGAUGAUGUCACGCUCCCCAUCGUCCUACCGUUCUCGAAAAUGUAUCCCCAGUGCUGCAUGCACAUUAGGCAAUUUGAGCAUCACUUCCGCAAAUUCACGCGGGAAAACUUCGAUCGCCCUAAUAUUGUUGAUGAGACACUUAGAAAGACACUGGAUGAGCUCCUCACAGACAUUGUUUGCAAAACCCUCGUGGAGCGGCUGAACUCUCAAUAUCUCGGGCAGAUCGUGCAGAUCCUGACCAACCUCGAGCACUUCGAGGCUGCUUGCCAAAAGCUAGAGCAGCUGUUGAUCCAGGGCCGAUCCUCCACGUCUGCAGGAGGCCCAGUAACCCUGAAAGCAACAGAGUUGUUCAGGGGCCACAAGAAGACAGCCGAGAAACGCAUCUUCGAGCUCGUGAACUCCAAGAUCGACGACCUCGUAGACACCUCGGAUUACGACUGGACUGCGACGACAGCACCUCAAGACCCCAGCAGCUAUAUGGCGACCUUGACCCGCUUCCUCGAAAAUAUCAUGGGCUCCACCCUCCUGGGCCUGCCCCGCGAGAUCAAAGAGCUCAUCUACUUUGACGCCCUCAGCCACGCAGCCAACAAGAUCCUCGCCCUCCCGCUCUCGCCCGACGUCAAAAAGAUCAACCCCAACGGCGUCGCCGCGCUGGCGCUGGACGUGAAGCACCUGACCGACUUUGUCAGCAGGCUCGAGAACGCCUUCAUGCUGGAGCAGAACCUGGACGAGCUGCAGCAGACGGCGGCGCUGAUGCAGUCGGAGGACCACGAGGAGUUCUACGACAUCUCGAUCCGCAACAAGAAGUACGGCCGCGUCGACGCCAUGAACGGGCCGAUACUGCUGGAGAAGAUCACCCAAACGGUUGAGAACCCCAGUCGGACGGCGCCGCUCGCUAACUUCGGAUCGCGCUUCGGCUUGAGGUGAUCGAUCAUUGGCCUCCCUUCUCAACCGACACGAUGUUACGACAACACAUACGACUGCCAGCUCUUGCUAUUUCGGGGAACGACGCAAAAUGAAAGUCAUAAUUCAGUCAUGAAAACUAACCCAACACCGCCACCACCGCCGCCGCCCAGAUCACUACUACUACUACUAUAGAGGAAAAUCCCAGACCGACAAGGGAAUGAAUGCUGAACACACUGGGCGGCUCUGUCGGGGGAAGAUCGAGGAAAAAGCCCGGCAAAACCAGCCUGAUGAUACCCAACCUUGCUUCUGCGCCAAAAUCAUAUUCCCCCAAUUUAGUACGAUGAAUUAACAGCUCGGCUCCUGUGCAUCCGUUUCGCUCUCCGUACUCG